AUGAAUAAAUCUCAAGAUAAAUGGAUUGAUGGUAAUGAAGAAGUUAAUGGUGAUGAUAAAGGUACCGGAAUCCUUAAACUAUAUCAUUCAACAAAUGAGAAGAUUGAGAAAUCAUCACCACCUUCUUUAUCGAAAAAUAAUUAUGAAGGUGAAAUAAUAAUAGAAAGAAAGAUUGAGAAAUCAGCAUCAUUGAAUAUUAGAUCCACUUGGAGUACGGAAGAAGAUAAUUAUUAG